AUGGAAGACCAAAUUGCGGCUGAAGUUGAACGAAGACUAAAACAAAUGGUUCUCGAGAAGAAAACUGUAGCACAGGUUCAACCAGCUCAGCCGAUUCAAGCGGUAAAUUGUGAGAUAUGUGGAGGACCUCAUUUUGCCAUGCAUUGUGUGGCAACAGCUCAACAGGUGGAGGAAAUCAAUUUUUUGAAGCAGAACAAUCCCUACUCCAACACUUACAAUCCAGGAUGGAAAAAUCAUCCGAAUUUCUCCUGGAAAGAUCGACAAGGGAAUGUUCCUAAACAAGGAGCUGUGCCAUACCAAAGUCUACCACCGCAACAACCAUAUCAGCAACCGCAACAACAAUUUCAGCAACAGGGACCCAGAAAAGCAGACUGGGAGAUCGCCAUUGAAAAGAUGAUGAGUCAGAUAGCACAACAAUUCGCCAAUUCUCAACCACAAGGUGCCUUACCAAGUGCAACUGUUACAAACCCAAGGGAGCAUCAAAAUGUGAAUGUUAUCUCAACAAGAAGUCUGAGGAGAUCAAAACCAGAAGAAAAAAAUGAAACCGAGUAUGAUGAUGUCAUCGAAGUAGAUCUUGAAGUGCGUGAAAAUAAGAAAGUUCCAGAGGAGUUAGAGAUCAAUAUUCCGUUCUUUGAUGCACUCGAGAAAAUGCCAAUGUACAAGAAAUUCAUGAAGGAAGUGAUAUCUAAAAAGAAACCAACAAGGGGUGAAGGGGUAGUUAAGAAGGAGAAAUGUUGUGAAAUCUCACUAGAGAAGAGAAUACCUAUGAAACAGAAAGAUCCUGGAUCGGUUGCAAUACCGUGCACGAUAAAAAAUAGAACUUUCAAGAAGGUUCUAAUUGAUUCGGGUGCUAGUGUGAGCUUAAUGCCGUUAUCUAUCUUCAAAAAGCUCGAUAUAGAAAAGAUUGAUGUGAAUUACCGGAUGGUUGAUGGAGUGGUAGUAAAAGGAUGA